AUGCGCCGCGCACUGACACUCCGCCCACGCGCCGGCCUCGGCCCGCCUCCGCCCGCCGCGAGGGGCCGCGGGGCGUCUCCGGCCGCGCAGCCCGCGGCCGCCCGCGCCCCCGCCGCCUGCCCGCGCGGCCCGCCGGCGGGAGGCAGCGCUCCGAAGCCCCUCCUCCUCCGGACCCCGCUCCCCGCUCCGCUGGCUUCCGCCCCGCCCGCCAAUCGGCUCCGUUCCCUCCUGCCCGGGAGCCCGGGCCCUGAGGGUGUCAGGCUCGGCCCGGCGUGCGGCCCGGCGGCCGGGGCGACUCCGGGAGGCAGAGGGCGGCCGCGAAGGGGCCACCCCGGGGCGCGCCUUCCCUCGCCGCCCCGCCGAGGCCCGGGGGAGCCGGGCUCUCUCCGCAGAGGCGCGCGGAGCGGGCGGCCCGCCCCUCGGGGGCGGGGCCGGCGAGCGGGCCAAUGGGAGGCGAGCGCCGCGCACCACGUGCAGCCGCUGCGGAAUGUAAACAGCGCGGCGCGCGGCGGGCCACGUGGGCCCUGCGCCUGGCGUCCGGCGCCGGGAGCCGCGGGAGCCGCCGGCGGCCGCCUCGGGAAGAAGCCGCGCUCCGGGACGCCGACCCUGCCCGUGGCUCCAGCCCGCCGACCGAGACCGGCAGAAAGAACACUAGAGGGACGUGAAUUCCUCCCCGACCGUGGCCAUCAACAAGCCAAAGGGAGAGGCUUCCGAAGAAACCGGCCCUGCCAGCAGCUGGAUCUUGGACGUUCAGCCCCCAGAACUGUGAGUAAAUACAUUUCUGUUGUUUACGCCACCCCAUCCGCGGCACUUGGCUACGGCAGUUCUGGCCAACGACUGCAGAGGGCUGUGCCGUUUGCUUCACAUUAA